GCUUCCAAACCUGAGCGCCCCGCCACCCGUCCCAGUCAGGAACAGUAUACAGCGACCACUCCAGCACUCUUCGAACGCGCCCUUGCUGCUCGAUGCCUUAAAGUGGUGAUGGGACCCCGGUAGCCGUCGAGAGUCAAUAACACCACGCGCCAUGCGCUCUUCACUUCUCCCCAACCUCGCUGCGGCCAGGAAGCCGCCGCGGAUUACGACCGACGUGCCUUCAGACCCUUCUGCUUCAGUCUAUUCCUGCACCGACUCCGGCUUCUACUCAGUUUCCGACGGCUCGUCGCCGCUGACUCCGACCUUCUCGCGCGGCCACCUCAGAUAUCCCAGCUCCACGUCGUCGCUAUCCUCGAGUCCGCCUACCCAUGAGCAUAUCGAGGGCCCUAACGGUUCCGGCAAGCUGCCCAAGCUUGCCGAGGAGCCAAUUGAGCCCGAGGAUGACUACAUGCUCGUCGACGUCGGCGAACUCUCACCAUGCUUAUGCGAUGUUGAAGUAUGUGCUCAUAGCAGGCCGUCGAAUCACCAGUCCCCGUCUGAUCGAGGAUACGACUUAGCGGACGAGUCAUUCGGCGAUGACUUCGAGUAUAUCUCGCAGCAUGCCGCAAAGCGACGGCGAUCAGGGGACUCGCCCGUCGAUGCCAUUACCAACAAGCUAGUGAACCGCUUUCCUUCUCUAUCACGAAGGCUACGCGACCGGAAAGGUGUGUCAGGCCUAGGCAUCGCCAGCAGGUCGUCGACACCAGCUCGCGCGCCCUCUAUGUCACGCUCGUCGUCUAUGACCGAUUCCAUUCAUCACGGUCUUGAGCAUGUCGACAAGGCUCUCUCUGCCCCUGCCAGGAGCAAUGCCGACUACCCGGACCAGCGCUCUGUUUCUUCACCGAUCGAAAUUCCCAGUGCAAGGACGCAUGACGUGGAAGAGCAAGAGGAGGAAGAACCACUACACCGCGAACGCCUGGCUUCUACUCCUCUAUUACCACCGAUGAUGGUCAAGCUCCGCAACGACGAUCUGCCUACCCAGUCCCCGCUUCAGUCCCCUACGGUGGCCGAUGCUACCUUUUCGUUCAACAACACUCCAGCUGGCACCCCUCAAAUUCCCGGAUUUGCAACCCCGCCUCUAUCUUCAAAACCGUCUGUGUCUUCAUUCCAGACGACACGCCCAGGCCACCUCGUGCCGUCGUCAGAGAUACCCCCAAUCAUGAUUGCCGAUCCCAACGAUGAAUGGUCUAUGAAGCUUGGACACGCAAACUUUACCAUCUACCCGGAACCCUACAUCCCGGAAUUUUGUGAUACUGCUUCUUGCAGGCAGCUGUUUGCUGACUGGGAGCAAGCGCGGCGCAACUUCACUAAGCACCAAGUCCGGACCGGGGAGUACUUUGGCGCAACGUCAAAAACGUACAUGCUCACCGAGAAGAAAUGGGCCGAGAUUGACGCAUCGUGGAAGAGGAAUAACGAUGUCGCGAUUGCAAGAGCCGCAGAGAUUGGGCAAGAGCCGCCAUCCUCAUCACCCCUCGAGCCAGCUCCUCUGACCAAGAUCCCUUCAUUACACGACCCCAAAAGCGAAGGCAAGUUCCCGAAGUUGGGCGACGAAGACAUUGUCGGACCAAUGGUCCAGAUUGCGUCCCAGAUCCAGCGGCGACCCUCACGGAAACGCGCCUUCUUGAAGUUCCUCAACGACAUCAGAUUUCCCGGCUCUUUUCUCAACCGAUCCUCCGUGGGCGUGCGUUCCGGUCGAUGACCUGCACGUCUCUUCUCUAUGAUACCUAUAUCUCGGCUUUGUAGACAUAUUUACGAAUAGACCUCGAGAACACCGGGUUGCGCCAUUUUUGGUCCGGAUCGCACCCGUGCUCUACGAAAGUCACGCCA